ACAUUUUUUUUUCUAUAUUUCCCAGAAUUCCUCGUAGAAACUUCCUUUUCACAUUGUUGAACAUCGACUUUGGUUGGUCCUACGUUUCGUGUCAGAAAGACUUAAAUCAUGCGUUACGUAGCAGCCUAUUUGCUUGCAAGCCUUGGAGGAAAUGAAAAUCCCUCCGCAGCUGACCUCGAGAAGAUCAUUGGGUCUGUUGGCAUUGAGGUUGAGGCCGACAAGGUCAAAAAGAUCAUAUCUGAAUUGAAGGGAAAGAGCCUUGAAGAACUUGUUGCUGCAGGAACUACAAAGCUUGCCUCUGUACCAUCAGGUGGUGGAGCCGCCGCCGCCGGGGCAUCUGCAGCAGCUGCACCUGCUGCGGCAAAGGAAGAGAAAAAAGAAGAAAAGAAGGAAGAAUCAGAAGAGUCGGAUGAUGACAUGGGCUUUGGUCUCUUUGACUAAUAACAUUUUUUUAUUUCACUGCAAAUUGCUGUCUUAAUAAAUUAAAAAAAGCCCAGUAUC